AUGGAUUUGUUGUCAUUCAUGUUCAACUUGAUACUAUCUGCUCUUUUCUUGAUCAUUAUUCUUGUCUUUAUUCUGAUCAUCAAAGUAUACUCCGGAAAAUCGAUCGGUGAUCCAACUUAUCCUCCAGUUCAAGGAACAAUCUUCCAUUCACUGUAUUACUUUAACACUCUAUAUGACUACCAGACUGAAAUUGCCCUUAAACGUCCCACUUUUCGUGUACUUUCUCCUGAUCGGACAAGUGAUAUUUACACAACUGAUGUCAGAAACAUACAACAUAUUCUUAAGACUAAAUUUGACAUGUACACAAAAGGUGAGUAUGAUAGACAGAUAGUUGGUGAUUUGUUUGGAGAAGGAAUUUUUGCCGUUGAUGGGGAUAAAUGGAGGCAGCAAAGAAAACUCGCCAGUUUUGAGUUUUCAACUCGGGUUCUUAGAGAUUUCAGCUCUUCUGUUUUCAGACAAAGUGCAGUUAAACUUGUUACAAUUAUUUCACAAGAUUUUCCACCAAAUCACAUUUUUGACAUCCAUGAAUUGCAAGAAUUAUGUACAUUAGAUUCGAUCUUCAAAGUUGGUUUCGGGGUUGACUUCAACUGUCUUGAAGGAUCAAAUAAGGAAGGGAUAAAAUUUAUGAAUGCCUUUGAUGAAGCAAAUAACUUGGUUUAUUGGCGAUAUGUUGAUCAAUUAUGGAAUAUUAAAAGAGCAAUAAACAUAGGCUCUGAGGCUAAGUUAAAGAAAAAUAUCAAGAUUAUUCACGCGUUUAAUGGAGUAAUCACCACUAAGAGAAGAUUAUUGGGUGAACAGCAGGAUUCUAUUGUGAGGGAGGAUAUAUUACAUAGAUUUUUAGAGGCAAGUAAGAAAGAUCCAGAUCAUAUGAGUGAUGAAUAUCUAAGAGAUAUCAUUCUCAACUUUAUGAUAGCUGGAAAAGAUACUACAUCAAAUACAAUAUCAUGGUUCAUCUAUAUGCUUUGCAAGAACCCAUUAAUUCAGGAAAAGAUUUUCCAGGAAGUGAAGGAAUCCAUCUCCGGAACAGACAUCAAGAUUGAUGAUUUCAUGGAUCGAAUAGAUGAAAUACUUGAAAGAAUACAUUAUCUUCAUGCUACUCUUACAGAAACUUUGAGGCUUUUUCCUGUUGUUCCUGUGCAUGGAAGGGCACCAAAAGAAGAUGAUUUGCUUCCAAAUGGUUACAAGGUUAAGAAAGAAGAAGUUGUGAACUACUUAGCCUAUGCUAUGGGUAGCAUUUGGGGAGAUGAUGCAAAGGAAUUUCGCCCAAAAAGAUGGCUCGAUCAAUAUGGAGUUUUCCAACAAGAAUCACCCUUCAAAUUCAUAUCAUUUCAUAGAGAAAUGAAGGGUGUUUCGGUAAUGAAACGAGGAAGUGGAAAACACUUGAAAUACCGUAAGUGGAAGCGUUAUCAGGAACGAUUGAAUGCGGGAACAAAGACAUUGGGGUUUAGAUUGCUUGUAUUUUGUGGUGGAAAAGAAGUUAUUUCUGAGAGGAGACUGAUUAUCAUGGGUGAUAGUUGGCAGUUAUCAGCACUAAAGAAGGGGAACCACGAAAUGAGGAAUGAUGGGUAG